UUAUUAGCAGAGAGCCGAGUGUGUGUGUGUGUGUGUGUAGAGACUGUUCUUUUUGUUUGCAAAAAUAUUUCGCUUACCUGGGACAUUUUGAGGUGAGGUUUCAAAAGCUUCAAGGGGUGUAUUUUUAUUUAACAUUGCGCAUUCAUCACGGUCAAGGAACUUUACUUGUUUUCUAGUGUUUCACUGUUCCUGGAUCAAAAUAAGUACUCAAGUGAAACCGGUGUUAUUUAUUGUACAUUGUUUUGUUCAAUAUUGACAAUAUCGUUUGUAUUGUAAUAUGCAGCUGUAAUGGCCACUUGAUCGCCAAGAUCAUUCAAGUUCCAUCUCAUCACAUCAGCCCGUGCCAGUGCAGCUAAUUGCGGAACUAUAUUGAGCCAGCUUGUAAAUUUUUUUUUCCAGCCACAAUUUGACCUUUCGUCAGACGGAAAGUGUCGUAAUGAGGUGACCCGCAGCUUAAUGCCGGCUGGCAGGCUUGAACGUGUGACGUCUGAUUGGUGCCAAGAGGCGUAGCUCACACAGCGGCAUUAAAAAGGCCGAGUAAAAAUUUGCCAUUAGCAUUAGUGAGAAAUGAUAACGGAGUCGGACGUCACACAUCAAUGUGUCAUCAUUGGCUUCUUCAUCUCGUCUUUCUAUUCUUGGCCUGACUCAUUAAUUCUGUCAUGAUUCCAUUCCUUCCUUUCAUUUCUUUUGUUCUCCUACCUGGUGAAGUGAACGGAAGACGGAUGGCAUAUUCCUCCUUUUCCCCUCUCCCCUUUGUUUUGACGCGCUCGAUUUUCUUUUCCGUCCACCCUUUUUCUUUGAAUCUUUUGAUUCUCUAAUCUGUUUGUUGUCUUCCUUUGCAUACUUGAAUAUUCAUGUUCUAAUUUCUUUUUCCUUUUUCCCCCCCUUUGCUUUUUUUGUUUUCUGGACAGUUAGCUUUCAUUUUGUGCCUUUGUCUUCGGUCAUCCGCUGCUUGUCUGGUUCCCAAUCAAUCGAGUAUUUUGCCCUUGAUGCAUUCUUUCCUUUUACAAUUUGCCUCCAUUUUUUCUCCAUUGCUUGUUAUCUGCCUGUCAAUCUAAUCUGUCUUUCCUUUCCUACAUUGUCUUCCGAUGCAUGCUCCCGUAUUCGUUCCACUCUUACGCACUACCUUGACAAUUAUUCAAGUAUCAUUCACGAUGCCAACUUAAUAUAAAUGAACAGCAUCCAAAUGGGAAGGCAACGCAAUAUUUCAUGCGACUCACUGAUGCCUCGAGACGGUGAACACCUUUUGCUAUCGUGAAUAUGCUAAGUGUAAGAGGAGUAAAGUGCUGUUCGCGACCGGCAACCCGAUCUGAGCUAACAGAGUCUGCUCCCGCAGCAAGUGUUGUGACAGUAUCAAGCGUGCGGCUGUCAGCUUUAAUAGGCAGGACUCCUUCAGAUUACCUUAAUGUUCACACACCAGCCGGCCUGGCACGAAUCCACACGAUACACCUCAGCGCCGUGUGGCUCACAGAAAUAGACAGCAUGAGGCCCAUAAAAGACACGCACACACCAACAGCAACAGGCAAUACAAACAGCGGCAUGGACGGAACAACUGAAAUGACAUCACAAGGCCAGUAGUGGUCAGUUAAUUGUUACUCAUUGUUGAUCUUGCCUACCCUGACUACAUAUUGCUGGUAACCAGGCCUUUUGACACAAAGAAUAUACACAACUUCAGUCACUUCAGAAACAGAAAAUGAUUUUAGUCUCUUGGAACAAAUUGCAUCAUGGCACCAGAUCUCGAUAUCUUUUAAUUUGUCUAUAAAUCAGACGAGCAUGUUUUCUAUUUUCGCUUGCCCUAAGCAGAGAAUACAUCUCAACAUCUGCCCAGUUGUGGUCCUGUUUUCCAGAAGGCGGAGGAAAAGAAUGGAGGAGUGAUGAAGGCAUUUUCUGCCCCCAUGUGGUAGCAGAGAGAAAUGCAUCAACUUGUUCUCUGAUUGCCUUUUGUAAUUACAGAGCAGCUCCCACAUGGUUUGUAUGGUCACAUUCAUUUAUCGAAUUAAUAAUUCAUUUGCUUCGGUGGCUUAUGAUAAACAGAUAAUUGGGCUGCAUUAAAUCUGCACAACGGAGAGUAAGAACCAGGAUAAGGAAUUUCUACUUUGUUUUGUACUCAUUUACUAGUAAUCGGUAAUCCUCCCCAAAAAACCAAAACAUGUUCACAACACUUAUUCAAGAUAAGCCACAAUAUGCUGCAAUUUGAAGGAAGACACACACAUUUGAAUUGUGUACAAAUGUUUUUUUUAAUGUACAUGGCAAAAAGAUUGUCAAAGUAUCUGCAGUACCUCCCUCUGGUUCUUUGUGAGUGGCCCGUUUGAGCUUUAGUGGUCAGCUAUAAUCCUCUUGGGCUCUUGUAUGAGAUGGUGAUGGGCUUAGAUGUCACUUGUGGUAGUGACGGGGGCUCGUCUCUCCGCAAAAGUAUUAGUGAUGCUAAAAGCAGCAACAGUGCUGCAAUCGACUAAUUCAGACAGAAAGAAGAAGGCGGCGUAUUUUUGGAAAUCAACACGUUUCUCUCAGUGAGAAACGUUAUAGACAGAAAGGCAGAUGGACCUUGAGGCGCGUGGAUAUGUUUGCCAAAUUUAAAGGCAUUCUGGGUGGCCCGCAGCCACCAGUCACCAGCGGUGCUUCCGAUCCACCACCACCUCCUGCUCCUCCAGCUGCAGCUGAAAACAAGGAUGAUAAAUCUGAAAAGGAAAAGGAAAAUAUGAACAAACCUCAGGCUCCAGCGCCAGCGCCAGCACCUGCACCCGCACCCGCACCCGCUCCAGCUCCAGCUCCAACAUCAGCGCCUAUAGUAAACCCUGAUGAAAUUGGACCAGAGGGAAAAAAGGAAGCCCCCCCUCCGCCAGUCGUCAUCAACCCGUAUUCAGAUGAGCAGCUUCGCUCCAUAGUGAAGCGUAUGAGAGAGAGACUUACUAUCUACAAGGAGAAAGUGACCGAUCAAUAUGCUUCAUCGCCAGAGAUCACACCUCCUGUCACACCGCUGCUGCACAAAGUCCGCUACGCCGAGGUCGUGGAGGAGAGGAAAAGGCAAGCGGAGGAGGAGCGGAUAAAAAAAGAGGAGGCCGAGAAGAAGAAGAAGGAAGAGCAGGAGAAGAAAAAGAAAGAGAAUGAGCAAAAGAAGAAGGAAGAGGAGGAGAAAAAGAAACUGGAGGCAAAAGAGGACAAAGCGAAGGCUCCAGACUUCAAGGCUGUUUUGAAGGACAAAAUGUGGACGGCCGUGGAUGUCUUUCUGAAGCCCUUGGAGGACAGCAUGGACUCUGUGCUCGGAAACACCAUUGAUCCGUUUACAGAUCGUCGCUACAUUGCCUGGCUGAGUGUGGUGACUCUCGCCUUCAACUACAACACGUGGUUCGCUACCGCCCGUCUCUGUUUCCCUUACCACUCCGACUGGGCCAUCCCUUACUGGUUCGCCAUGGACCUGCUGGCUGACUUCAUCUACCUCACAGACAGCAUCGUCUUCCAGUCGCGCAAGCAGUUUGUCAAAGCGGGAGACAUCAUAAAAGACAGAAAGAUGGCAAAGAAGAAUUACAGAGAAACAGAGAGAUUUCUGGCCGACAUCGUGUCAGUCGUACCCUUUGACUUACUCUACUUCCAGUUUGGUUUCAAAUCCAUUUUCAGAGCCAACCGCUUGCUGAAGGUAGAUACGUUUUUCGAGUUCAGCGACCGCCUGGAAAGUAUCAUGGCAAAGGCCUACAUCUGGAGGGUCAUUCGCACCAUCGGCUAUCUGCUCUUCAUGCUCCACAUCAAUGCCUGCUUGUACUACGUCGCUUCAGACUACCAGGGCAUUGGUAAAACCAAGUGGGUCUACUCCGGACUCGGAAGUGCGUACCUGCGUUGUUACUACCACGCCGUCCGCAGUCUGAUCAACAUCGGGGGUCUUAAUGAACCCCACACCGUCUUUGAGAUAACGUUUCAGAUGACAAACUUUUUCACGGGCGUCUUUGUAUUCUCCAGUUUGAUCGGCCAGAUGAGAGAUGUCAUUGGCGCAGCCACAGCGGGACAAACGUACUUCCGCUCGUCCAUGGACAGCACCGUGUCCUACAUGGUCACCAACCGCAUUCCCUCCUUAGUUCAGAACAGAGUCCGCACCUGGUAUACGUACACCUGGGAUGCUCAGGGCAUGCUGGAUGAGUCUGAGCUGCUGGAUAAGAUGCCGUUGGUGAUGAGAACCGCCAUCGCUGUGGACAUCAACUUGACCACUUUUCAAAAGAUUGAUCUCUUCAAGGGCUGUGACCAGCAGAUGUUGGUGGAUAUGUUACUGAGACUCAAGUCCAUCAUCUAUUUGCCGGGGGAUUUUGUUGUCAAGAAGGGUGACAUCGGUAAAGAGAUGUACAUCAUCAAGAGCGGAGCGGUGCAGGUGGUGGGAGGACCUGACAACAGUAUUGUCUUUGUCACGCUGAAGGCCGGCUGUGUGUUUGGAGAGAUCAGUCUGCUGCAGUCAUCCAAAGAUGGAGGAAACAGGCGGACAGCAAAUGUCAAAGCCUACGGUUUUGCUAAUCUUUUUGUCCUCGAGAAGAAAGAUUUGUUUGAUAUUCUCGUCCACUACCCAGAGUCUCAGAAAGUGCUGGCCCGAAAGGGAAGGAAACUCAUGAAGGCCAAGGGUCCGGCAGCAGCUAAAGCGGAAGAGGAAAAGAAAAAAGGUCUGGCGCUUUUUGGAGCCAAGCCGCCGACACCCAAAUUGCUGCGAGCCUUCGGUGGAGGCUUUAACAAGAAAUUAAUUGAAAAACUCAAGUCUUCCGCUGCCACUUGAGAGACACUUCUGUUGAUUCAAACUCCGUUUUGGGAGUGGAUUUUUUUUUAUUGAUAUGGAGAGACAAUAUCAACUUUGUACUUUAUUGUCUGAGAUCCGAGUCUUCCUGUGUGACCCAGCCUCCAUUUUAAGUCUAAUUGUACUCGAACGUAGCCAUCUGUUUACCUUUGCAUUCGUUUUCUGUCGGCGCUCACUGGUUGUAAAAUCCUGACAGAGACUAUGUCACAACUGCUGCAUUAAAUGAUUCCAAUAUUUAACGACAA